CCGUUGCUAUGUUGCAGAGGGAUGUUCGCCUCAGUGCGGAGGUGCCGUAGCCUGGAGAGCGGGGAAGUCCUCGCUGCCAAGUUCUCCUCCAGGCUGCGCUACGGGGAGGAUGCCACCAGGGAGAUCCACCACGAGAUAGCGCUUCUGUCGUUGUGUUCCCCGUCCCCGAGGAUCAUCAGGCUCCACGAUGUCUUCCAGACCCCUCAGCAGUUCAUUAUAGUCAUGGAAUACGCACCCGGUGGAGACAUGCAGACCAUCAUCGACGAUAACUUGGUACCCUACGAGAAGGAUGUCAUCAAGUUCGUCCAGGAUGUCGUCGAAGCUCUCGCCUACCUCCACCACAGGAAGAUCGCCCAUCUGGAUAUCAAGCCUCAAAACUUGGUGAUGAUGGGAGAGUUUCCUGACUGCGACGUUAAGGUCUGCGAUUUUGAGAUCUCGAGGGUAAUCCUGGAUGGAACGGAAGUCCAUGAGAUCCUUGGCACUCCAGAGUAUGUUGCACCUGAGAUCCUACAUUACGAGCCUAUUACCCUGGCUGCCGAUAUGUGGUCCCUCGGUGUGACAACUUACGUCCUGCUGACCGGUUUCUCCCCGUUCGGAGGCGAGACCGAUCAAGAGACGUUCCUCAACAUCUCCAGAGCCCAGGUCGACUUCCCGGAUGAGCUGUUCGAAGACGUAUCCGACGAUGCGAAGGACUUUGUCAGCAGGCUACUUGUUCGCAACCCGAGUGAACGGAUGACAGCAAAAGAAUGCCUCAAGCAUCCUUGGCUAGCAAAGAACAGGCGCACGACAAGGCCAGGCAAGAGGAACACCACCAAGAGUGACCGCAGGGUCGGCUGUUCGUCCUGCUCACCUACCAACCAGAACCUGAGGAACUACCUGUCCAAGUCGAGGGAGGCCUUGUUCGAGAAGGUCAUGUCCAGGAAUGCCGAGAAGAGCCUGAGGAAGACUACAUUACUCCAACAGUACCAGAGGACUAAGAGGAUGUGUGAGAGCCAGAUGUCUCUAGUUUCCAAGUCGAGGGAGAGGGCGCUCAUGAAGGAAUCCAUCAUGAGUAGGUCGAGGGAAAAGCUCUAUGGCCUCAAGAGCCUGUCCAAAUCGCAAGAGGUCCUCAACCUCUACAGGAGCGUUCUCAAUUUACAAGAAAGUCAAGAAGACAAGACAAAAGCAUUCUCAGGCAUACUCAAGUUGAAAGGAGACGAAUCUCUUAAUUCAUCUAUGAUGAGUAUAUCUGAUCUGGAAAACAAUCACAAAGACGAAGAGGAACCGGUUCUAGACAUCAUCAGGAGGUUGAGCAACGCGUCAGUCACCGGUGAUCGAGAAGAGAACAAAGAAAACAUUAGGAACAUCGGCCAAGAUGUAAAGGAAAACUUCUUCAAACCUCCCUUCCAGGAAGCCAAGAACAACAGUAUUAAGAACUCAGUUCCGGAAGAAAACGAAACUGAAACCACCGAUGUAAAAAAUAACAAUAAAGUAGUAGAAAGGCUCGUCUUCACUCAAACCCCCGAAGAGGACCAACCCCCGUCACCUGAAAGUACAGAUUCCAUGUCUUUUACAGAAGGGGCGACCACAUCCGAAGAAGAUCUCAGGAGGCUCGGAGGAGAAACGACGGAGGAAGACGAACCACGGUUCACAGUAGCACAACUAGUCUCAGCUUACAACAAGCACCAAGAAGUAGUUACCAAGAGUUCGAUAGAGGUCACCAUGAGUAAGCAAGAUAUUGAUGCAAAAAUAGCGAGCAAAUUUCCAACUGGGCCGAAUGCCCUUAGGUUAUUCAUACCAGACAUAAAGAUCAGGAGACAAAAACCGAAGAAGAGGAUGCCAAGGAAGAAGACGGGGAUAACAUUACCAGACAUACAGAUAGAAGACGUGACGAACGAGGAAGAAGGGAUCGAAGUAAAGAGCGAGAACAAAGAAGAAGAGGCGCUUUGCCUCGGAGUGGAAGCCCCACCUCCCAAGUACUUAAGGUCGGAGUCCUUCUCCUCGGAGACGAGCAAGUCGAGUCAGGAAGAAGAAGUGAAGAAGCCGCCGAAGAAACCUUAUUACAUGACGUCGUCCGAGAUGAGGCAGCAGCCGCUGUCCAACGUCGCCAAGACCGUGGAGCUGUUCAACAACGGCGGUGCGGCCCAACAGCCUACACUGUCCACCCCGCUCCUCACCAGGCCGGACCGCAAGUCCUUCUGUAUGCCCCAGCCUCCUGUACUAGCUCCUCAAGCGGACAAGAUUAGGCGGAAAUCCAGCCCUCCCACCAUGAAGCCUUUUAUGUAA